AUGUACCGUAGGACUCUUACUUGUGCACCAACAAAUAUUGCUCUGUUACAACUAGCUUCACGACUGCUAAGUUUGGUUAAGGAAUCAUCUAAAGCUACAACUGCUAAUGGUGUUUCCUUUUGGUCUCUUGGAGACAUCCUUUUGUUUGGCAACAAUGAUCGUUUAAAAGUUGGUGCAGAGAUGGAAGACAUAUACUUGGAGCAUCGGGUCGAAAGGCUUACAGAGUGCUUUGGGUCUUCAACUGGUUGGAAGCAUUGCAUGAGGUCUAUGAAUGAUUUACUUGAAAAUUGUGUAUCUCAGUAUUACGUCUUUCUAGAAAAUGAGUUGUUCAAAGAAAACCAACUAGCAAAUGAAAAUAAAAAUGAAAUUAAAACCAACAAUUUGCAAGUUAAAUCAUUCCUUGAGUAUUUGCAAGAUCGGUUUGUAUCUUCUGUAAUGCCACUUAGAAGAUGCAUUUUUACAUUCUUGACUCAUGUCCCAAGAAGUUUCAUAAAGGAAUACAAUUUUUAUAGUAUGAUACAUCUUUUGGAUAGCUUAAAUUCAUUUGAAUCGUUGUUGUUUGAAGAAAACUUGGUUUCAAAAGAUCUCGAACACCUUUUCACAUCUAAACCAUUGCCUGAUGAGGUGGAGAAUACGUCAUUGAUUGAUUCUGUUAGAGCCAAGUCGAUAUUGAUUUUAAGAGGUUUGCAGAUAUCUCUUGAAGUACUAGGUCUUCCAGAUGUUGUAAAAAGACAUGUAAUGGUGGAGUUUUGUUUUGAAAGAGCUUCACUUGUAUUUUGCACAACUUCUAGUUCCUAUAAGUUGCAUAUGGUUCCAAUGAAGCCUUUGAACAUUCUGGUCAUAGAUGAAGCUGCACAGUUAAAAGAGGCUGAGUCCAGUAUUCCUCUUCAGCUUCCUGGGAUAAAGCAUGCUAUUCUCAUUGGAGAUGAGUGCCAGUUACCUGCAAUGGUUACAAGCAAUUUAUGUGUUGAAUCUGGCUUUGGGCGGAGCUUAUUUGACAGACUGAGUUACGUAUGCCAUUCUCGGCAUCUACUAAAUGUUCAGUAUCGAAUGCAUCCUUCCAUCAGUUUCUUCCCUAAUUGGAGGUUUUAUCAAAAUCAGAUCCUUGAUGCAGAAAAUGUAUUAUGUGAAAGAUAUGAAAAGCGAUAUCUUUCAGGACCAAUGUUUGGUUCGUAUUCAUUUAUGAAUAUUGUUGGAGGAAGAGAAGAAAAGGAUGAUGAUGGACAGAGCAAAAGAAAUUUGGUUGAGGCAGCUAUUGUGAUUAAGAUUGUAAAAAAUCUCUAUAAAGUAUGGAAAUACUCGAAGAAGAAGCUUACUAUAGGUGUUGUAUCUCCUUAUGCUGCCCAAGUGGUUACAAUCCAAGAAAAACUUGCUCACAAAUAUGAGAAACUUGAUGGUUUUUCAGUAAAGGUGAAAUCGAUUGACGAGUUUCAGGGUGCAGAAGAAGAUGUUAUUAUUUUAUCGACAGUCAGAUCUAAUAGCCAUGGAUCAGUUGGAUUCAUGUCUAGUCCACGAAGGACUAAUGUUGCCCUCACCAGGGCAAGACAUUGUCUAUGGAUUUUGGGAAACGAAAGGACCCUGACUAAAAGUGAAUCUGUAUGGGAAGAACUAGUUCAAGAUGCAAGAAAUCGCCAUUGUUUGUUUGAUGCUGAUUCUGAUGAAUCCUUGAAUAUGACUGUUAUAAAUACAAAGAAAGAGCUAGAGCAACUUGAUGAUCUGGUUAACGAGAAUAGUAUCCUUUUUAAACAUGCAAAAUGGAAGUUUAAGGUUGCAGGGUUAUAUGUUAUAUGCACAACUGACAUCAUCAAGGAAUUCAAUUAUGUGCAAGUUUUGAAGGUUUGGGAUAUAAUAACUUUUGAAGAGAUUCCAAAACUCACAAAACGUCUCGAGACCAUAUUUAUGGCAUACACGCAUGAUUAUAUUAAUCGCUGUACAGAAAGAUGUGUGGAGGGGAAAUUGGAAGUUCCUAAGAGUUGGAUGGCAUCCCAAGAAAUUAUACGUUUUUGUCCCGUAAGGAAUACUGAACUGAGCUCGGGUGAUGGUAAAAGUUAUGCUGAAAACUCAAAAGUAAAUGAAAGCUUGUUGCUUAUGAAGUUCUACCCCUUGUCAGAUGGGGUGGUGAAACAUUUGCUCUCCGAUAAAGAACAACUUGAUCUACCCAUGCAAGUCAGUGAUGAACAGAUGGAGAUUAUUUUAUUUUCCAAAAGUUCUUUCAUAAUUGGGCGUUCAGGAACCGGAAAAACCACUAUAUUGACUAUGAAGUUGUUCCAAAAUGAACAGUCAUUUUAUGCUGCUUCUGAAGGGAUUUAUGAUGAAGAGAGGAACAGUAUCAGUCAUUCAGAAGUUGAUGAUUUAAAAGACAAGAAACCAAGUGUUAUCCGGCAACUUUUUGUGACCGUCAGCCCAAAUUUGUGUCAUGUUGUGAAGCAACAUAUUUCCCACCUUACAAGUAUUUCAUGCAAUGGGAAUACAUCUAUAGACGCCAAUCUUGAUGAUCCAGACAUGAUAUCAGAUUUCAGCGAUAUUGCAGACACAUUUAUUAACAUUCCGGUGAAAAGUUACCCUCUUUUUAUAACAUUUCAUAAGUUUCUAAUGAUUUUGGAUGGCACAUUGGUCUUUCUUUGA